UGAGCGAUAGCAAGUAGUGAACCAUCCAACAAAUAAUGUCGAAACAACACCGGUUUAACGAAGAACCGCCGCCGUCUGCCUCCGAAAAGAUCGAGGGCAACGACGACCUCCUGAAGGAGAUCCUGAGGCGCUUCCCGGCCAAAUCCCUUCUCAGAUCCAGCUGCGUAUCCAAGAGAUGGCUCUCCCUCAUCUCCGAUCCUCAUUUUUCUCUUCUCUGGAGUAAACCUAAAUCCCACACCGUCCCUGGUAUGUUCCUCCGUAGGCUACCUCUCCCAUCUAAUACUCCAACCAUUGAUUACGUCCCUCUCAAUCGCGAUCAAUACCACCAUGAAAACCCACCAAUCAAUCCUCUUGAUUCCGGCAUAAAGUCUGUAGAGGAAGACGAUAUUGAUGUUCUCCAAUCCUGCAACGGAUUGCUUCUCUGCUCAAGCUUUCGUCUUCGUCACCAUUCCUGCAAUUUCUAUGUUUACAAUCCAACAACUAACAAGUACAGAGCUCUCCCACGACCAAUUGGGUUCGGGGAGAAAAUCGUUCGCGGAGUUAGUAUCGCGUUCGAUCCUUCCAAAUCGCACCACUACAAAGUCAUCUGCGUUAGCUCUCACAGUAAAUUACUGAAAGGAAUCUCUUGGGUUCAAAUUUAUUCAUCACAAACCCAUACUUGGAGAGUAUACGAUGAUAUCCUUGUGGGGCCAUUCGAUGUUGAUUUCGAAACUGGGGUUUUCUGGAAUGGCUCGAUUAAUUGGAUAAGCCGCGCAUCCGAGACUUCACUCAGGUUUGACGUGGACUCAGAAAGUUCAAACAUUUUGCCUAUGCCUCCAUUAACAGAUGGUUUGAGAGUUCAGAGGAGAUUUGCUUUCUUCAAUGUCUGUUUGGGAGACUAUUUGCAUAUUGGUCUGUUCACUUCAGCUGGGGCUCAGCUCGAAGUAUUCACGAUGGAGAGAGAUUUCUCGAAAUGGGUUCUCAAGUAUCUCGUUAACCUUGAGGCUACAAUAAUGGAGUUGCAUAUGCCAGUUCCAUUACCAUUGGUUUAUUGGAAAUUUUUGGUAUUGGGUUGCUUUUGGGAUGAGACUGAAAAAGAGUCUUCUUGUUUGAUGAUAUAUAUUCCAGGUAAAAUUGGUUGUUAUAACAUUGAGGAGAAAUGCUUGAAGAAUGUCUGUGAUUUGAAUAUAAGUAGUAAUGAAGGUUGGAUCAUUUCUCCCACUUGCAAAUGGGUUGCUGGUUAUCCAUACAUAGAGAGUUUAUGUUGUGUUUAAUGAUGUGUCAUUUCAUCAAUAUAUUUAGACUAAUUCAUUUCGAGUUUGAUUUCUUGUUCCUUGAACAUGUUACAUAACAUCAAUAGAUGGAUUCAAUGGCCCUUGACUAAGUAUUUGGGUAUGAAUAUUAAUAAGUAGAGUGAGUUAAACAAAUUUAGUUUUAAUUGAGUAAUAUAGUUGAUCUAUUUACUUAUUCCUACUUGUUAUUGUUGGAAUUUCUUCUCAUA